AUGUCGUUCCCAGUCGCCCUUCAGUCGGCCAUCUUUUACAUUGUCGCCUGCACGCCAUGUGCCAAGAUCCGCCAUCGCCAAAAGGCCCGCGAUCUCGCCAAAAAGGAGCGCAUAGAAAAGGCAGCCAGGCUUGAGACGGAGCAGCCGGGCCUCUACCAGCACCCCUCGCCCUUCAACACCAAUCCUUACUGGAAGGACGAAAUCACCAUGGGCCCGACCUUGCCCAAAAAGUCGGCCAGCAAAAACUCGAGCCAGCGCGGCCUGACCAGCUCCGGCCGCGACUCCUGCACGCCCAGCGUAUCGGAACGAACCAACGUCGACGACAGCAGAACGAAUAUCGACAGCAUGAGCAUAUUGCGGGAGGCCGACGACGACGUGCCCCAGGACUGGAAUCGUAAAACAGGAUACCAACGAGAAGACGAAGAGCUAUGGGGCCAAUGGUCGGGACGGAAGCUGAAAGACGCCGUCAACAAGGCACGCGACUCGGCCGGCCGCCUGAUAGAGUCGACGCUCGGCUUGGAAAAGGAGGUUACGGACCAGGAGCGUCGCGACUUUUACACAACGCCCCGAAACCCGCCCGUCAACGACUACCACCCGCCCGUCGUCAGCAGCCGGCCCGCCCACCGUGACGCCCACAAAUGGAUGCUCCAGCCGCCGCCGUCCGCCAAGGUCAUGGAGGGCAAGGUCCCUGUCAGCCGAGCCGCCAGCUCUGGCAGCAAGUCGAGCGGACGCACCCUCGUCGCCGACGACCCGUUUCUCGACAAGAUUAUCCAGGACAAACUGGCCAAGGAGCACGCCGACGCCGCGCCCACCGAGUCGGAGCUCAUCGAGUCCCUCUUUGCCACCCGUAGCAACCAGAGCGUCACCCGCGCCCGGAGCCUGUCAUUUGAAGGCGGCGGCGGCGGACCCUCCGACGAUAAAGCCGCCGAGGACCUGUUCGCAGCCAGCCGGUGGAAGCCCAAGGCCCGCCCCGUCGCCGCGCCGCCUGGCAUUACCAUGGACGAUCUCUCGUCGGACGACGAGUCGUAUGCCCUUGCGCCCUUGGCCAAGCCCACCAGCCAUGUCGCCCAACGCCCCAGGCUCGAGACUAUCCCCAGCACCGAUGCUAGUACCGGCACUGUUCACCGCGAGUUGACCAAGAAGCGAUCGAAGCGAUCCAGGUCUAGACGCAGGUCCAGGGCCAGCAAGCUGAUGGCGACUGUUGGUUCCCCCGUGGGCGAUGACACUGAAUAA